CUUGGCCUCGUCACCUAGCAACCACUGAUUUCCCCCCACCCCUUGGACCCGGCGGAUUUUCUUUUCAGUUGGCGGCUUCUCCGAGUCCAACCGUUGGCAGCCGCUGCAGCCUAGCGUCCCCCGCCCCGUUGCUAGAAGCCUUCCACCGCGAAGAAAGAUGUCAGAUGAAGAGGAUGUGGAGUACUUUGAGGCAAACCUGGAUGACCCGGAAAGAUAUGACUAUGAGAAGGAGACCGAGGAGGGAGAGGACUACAGGAAAGACGGGGAAGACUUGUCGGAGGAAUGGAUACCCAAUUCCCUCUCGUUGGACUUGAUGAAGGAGAGCCUUUCUAUGCUCUGUAAGACCGGUAACGGCCUGGCUCAUGCUUACGUCAAGCUGGAAGUCAAGGGCAGGGAUCUGACAGACAUCAUCUUGCUGCGCUCCUACAUCCAUCUGCGUUAUGUGGAUGUUUCUGAGAACCACCUGACAGACUUGUCCCCACUCAAUCAUCUCACCCACCUGCUCUGGCUCAAGGCUGAUGGCAACCGGCUGCGGACUGCCCGGCUCAAUGAACUGCCCUACCUGCAGAUUGCCAGUUUUGCUAACAACCAGAUUACUGACACAGAGGGCAUCUCUCAUCCUCGUCUGGGCACCUUGGAUCUCAAAGGAAACCGCAUCCAAAUGGUGACAGGCCUGGACCCCCAAAAGCUGACCUGCCUGCAUACCCUGGAGCUUCGGGGGAACCAGCUGAACAACACCCUGGGGAUCAACCUCCCUAAGCUGAAGAACCUCUACCUGGCCCAGAACAUGCUGAAGAAGGUGGAAGGCUUGGAGACCCUCAGCAACCUCACCACGCUGCAUCUUCGAGACAACCAGAUUGAAACUCUGAGUGGCUUUUCUGGGACAAUGAAAUCGCUGCAGUACCUCAAUCUGAGGGGCAAUAUGGUGGCUGACCUGGGGGAGCUGAGCAAGCUUCGGGACUUGCCCAAACUGCGGGCCCUGGUACUGCUGGAAAACCCAUGCACAGAUGAGAGUGACUACCGCCAGGAGGCCUUGGUGCAGAUGGCACACCUCGAACGGCUGGACAAGGAGAUCUUUGAGGAGGAGGAGCGGGUGGAGGCCGAGGAGAUGCGCCAGAGGCUAAGGGAAGAGCAGGAGCGCGAAGCUGACCAGGAUGAGGACCCGGACCUGUCAACAAAUUAGCUUCUGAGGAUGGCGGAGAUAAAGACACCAGCCCCAAGACCUGGCAUGCCUGCCAGCGAGGCCGCCACCUUCACCAUGCCCCAUGCUCCGCCAUCAGGACAGCCGAUGCCUGCUUUGGUCUCAGCCUAGCCUGCCUCCCAGGCUCUGUGAUGGGAGCCUGGACCCAUCCUGGGGGUGCUGGUGGCCAGCUGGGCGCUCACGCUCAGGGAGAGGCCUAGGUGGUAGCCGGGCCUGGGCUGAGGCGUGGACAGACCCCCUAGAUGUUUGUAGGGUUGGCUGAGAACAGAGGCGGCGGCUCGGUUUUCCAAUAAAGAGAUGCUGAUGCUC